CGUUCGCCUUUCGUCUUCUCGAAACAUCUCGAAAUUCGAGAUUCACGAGAUUCACGAGAUUCACGAGAUAUCGAAUCUGCCGUCGUUGACAUCGCCAUUUCGAAAUGUUAGAAACUUGUAAUUAUUCGAACGGACUUUUCGUCUUCGCGAACGCGUCCCUUUCCGUUUGCGCCAAACGCGCCUUUAGCUCGCACUACUCUCACGGUUACAUGCGAAGCCGUCCACGUCUCAGGUGGCGAGUUGUGGCCAGUUGUGGCGGGUUACGAAUGGUUGCGAAUGGCAGCGAAUGGUCACGAAAGGAUACGAAGUUUGGAUGUCGGAAAAAAGUCUUGGCGCGCGAUCCUGCCCUUAAACUCUCUUCGAUCGAGUUGUAUUCAACAAGUGGAUCAACUUUGCCCGCGUGAACGCGACCGAGAGCGAAUCGGCGACCUGCUUCUCCCGUGGAAGGCCGUCUCGGCGGAGAAAGCGCGCCUUUUACAGCGUUUCGCGCAGGCGAAUCGAUGUCGCGCCUCCCUGUCAACGGUGAACGAUCGGUCCAAUCACCGUGGUUUUCACUUGUUUUCGCUCAACCACGUUGACGCGCAAAACAGGCGAAAGAACGUCCGAAUACUGCUGACACUUGCCCAACAGUGCUCUACCGUCUAGCUGUUAUGUGACGGUAAAGAGAUUUACUCGUUCCAUGAACAAUUGGGGGACAUACGGUUACUUUAAAGAAUUUUAGAAAUCCUCUUCUGGCCAAAUGGACGAGAGCUCGCGAACCGGCCCACUGGGUCUUAAAUGCCUUAACCUGAAAAGCAGCGGCGAAUUUCACGCGGUCUUUAUUCCGUCGGAGUAUGUCAAAGUUAAAGAUCGAAUUCAUGUUUAUCAAAAGAAGAGCGAAGCUCUCGCGGUUAUAAAGGAACAUAAGUUUGGUCGUCUGAAAACAUUCAAGAGUUAUGUCGAAGCGGAGAAAUAUGCUCUUCAUGGUUUAGAGGAUUCAAACUGUACGGUCAAGAAGUCUCCGGCGGUCCCAAAGAUUCGUGCAAAGGAACCCGAAGAAGCCCCGAUGAGAGUCUUCGAAGCGCCAUCUAAGAGCGAUCUGACAAAUUUUAAGAAAGUCAUUACUUUAGGAGACGUCGAAGGAGUUAAAAAUACAGUGUGGGAGAACCCACGAUAUUUAGUAAGCGGCGGAGACACGCCAGUAAUCUUGAAGGAAGGCUGGCGGUAUAAUGCCUUGCACAUAACGGUUAUGGAGACUCGGAUGAAUAAGGCGGAAAUGUGCGAAACUAUUUUAAAUACGGUGGGAAAUGUCGAUUUCCUGAAGCUAUUAGACGGCGACCAAAAGGACAGAUGUUACCUGAAUCGUGCUCAGAUAUUGCAAGACUUAUAUUUAAAUAUGCCCGAAAAGAGACAAAACGAAACACCGCUUCACUUUGCAGCAAAAUUCGGUUACAGGGAUGUAGUCAAGGUCUUGAUUUCUUAUGCCCAGUGUAUGAAGAACGUACGGAACAAGGAUAAAAAGACUCCUAUGGAUAUAAUCUGUAGCAGAUGUCAGCAAGCGGAUGAGAGUCUCACAAAGGAUAUAAAGAGAUUAUUGGAUGAGCAAUUUUAUGUACCGGUACUCAGAUCCGACGACAACACUCUACAGCCAUCCAUAGGAGAGCCGUUCUCCCCGAUGAGUCCUCCGAAUUUCAAUGCCGAUCCUAUGAGCCCACGAGUGGAGGUUCGCGCAUUCGCGGGGCCCAUGUCGAAGGACGAGGCAACGGAAUUUCGGCGAAAAUGGAAAACUCCGCCGCGCAUAGCCAACUCGUACAACAAGCGAGACGUUUCCCUGAACGACAGCUUGGAGGUUCCGAGCAGUCCCAUGGCGAGCACCUCCAUGAGACUUCACGACUCGGAGAAGGGACUCGAAAGGGUCGGUCGUGAACUUGCCAAAGAGUACCACGUACCCUGGAAGGAAUACUGGCCUUUCUUGGAUGACUUCGCCGACAUGCGCCACCCGGAAGGACUCGCCAAACUCGAACGAUUUCUAAACGAGAGGUUCAACGACCAGUUAGCUUCAAACAAGGAGGUACUCGACCGCUGUCGAUUAUCGUAUCAUAUCCUGAAAAUAAGUGAAAAAUUGGCAAAUCGCGGUAGGCGCGUUAAUUUAACUUCUCCCUUCUGUUUGCAGGGGACAAAGUACGUCGAGUCUACGCCAAAGAAAGUGUCCGAGAUCGGUACUUUGAACGAUCUGAAAGUUUUGUGUUCCAGGUUAGACGCGCUACAUCUUAAGAACGGCGAAGAAGAUCAAGGUUGGUCGGACGGCGACGAAUUUCUGACACCCCCGCCUUCACCAGUUGCGACGAACAACGAGGACAUGUUCGUGCCCGACGAAGGAGUGCCGUUGUUCAUCGAGGGGAAGGUACCGUCAAAGGUGGACCACGCCGUGUUCAACGCCCUUCCCGCGGCCCUCGAUCCCCUAUUCCCGAUAACCUAUCCCAGCAUUUAUCGUUGGCGACACGACGUGCAGCUCUUCGUUCGUCGCCACGGACUCGGGUCCGAUGCAUGCGUCAAGUCCAUCCGAAGGAGGCUGCUACAAACUCCGGAAAGGGUCCAGAGAUCAAGGCCGUGAUUCGACCAGUUUCUCCUCUCAUAAAAUAAGUAGCGCAAAGCAACGUCUGCGAAAGAUGUAUAUUUUCUUAUAGUUUUUUUACCAAGUGCAGACGUCGGUGAUUCGGCAACCGAUAACUUCUCCUGCAUAUUUUAACAGUAAGAAUAAAGCGUACCGUUCAACCGAA